CCGCCCGCCACGACAACGACAAUGAUGCCAACACCAGCCGCGCCGGCGCCGCCGCGCAAUCUCGCCAGCGCCACGCUGCGCAGCGUCGGCCUCGCUGGCAACAAGCGCAAGGCGACUGACAGCGAGGGCGACGCCAAGAUGCGCGACGCGACGCACCACGACAAGCCCGGCGGGCGCAAGACCAACUCGCGCCUCCGGUCCCACCGCAUGAACCCCAUCGAACAGUACAAGAACACCGGCCCCUCGAGCGCUAAAGCGACCGCUGGCCGCAAAGCAGUCGCAGCCGCUGCGGCAUCGGACUCGCUUUCGAUCCGGGGCGCGUCCCGCGUCGGCAGCUCGCUGAGCUCGACGCGCGCGCGACGAAACGCGGUCUCGGAGUCCCCAUCAAGGAUACCCGUCCGCGCCUCCGUCAGCACCGUCGCCAAACUUAGGGAAUUCGUGCAUAGUAGAUGGAACCCAGAAGCGCGCUUUUUGAAUCUCGAGGCCAUGUCUCAAGACCCCAUCGUCAAGAAGAACCACCUCACCGUUCCUGGAGUCAUUUCGCACAGAAAUAUGCAAGACGCUGCUCGCGAAGCCGCUGUCCUGUACAAGCUUGCCUCAGAGCUCAAGCCUGAGGUUCAGACGUUGUCACUGGCAAACAACAAUUUGCGCGGCGACCAUCUGAAGUCGCUCAACCACUACCUACCCAAACUCGAGAACCUGUCACUCGUGAACAACCAGUUGCGAGUCAUGCGGGAUUUGGAUCAUAUAGCUGCUCGCAAGGGCAAGAUGGUCCAUCUGCGGGAACUCUUGCUUGGUGGUAAUCCUGUACGAGAGACAGAGUACCAGCAUAAUCGUGGCGAGCAGUAUAGACUUGAGAUGGCACGGCGCUUUACAACUCUUGAGCUGCUCGACCAGGAACCGAUCAUGAAGAUUAGUUUCGACGUCCCCGAGGCGGCAUCUUCAUCAUCUACCCCCGUGCCGGUGACCAAAUCAACGUCGUUCCCGUUACCUAUGGGUGGCUCGUUCAUAACCGGUGUGGAUGGCGUACUUAUCAACAAUUUCCUCAUGCGCUACUUCCCCACGUUCGACAACCAACGGGCUGGGUUGAUAGACGUAUACGACGACGCCUCCUACUUCUCCUACUCCGUCAACGCCACUAUACCUAUCCGCGCACGUAUACAAGGCCUGCACUACAAGAUGGCCAACAACAAGAAGCUGGUUUGGAACAACUGGUUCACGGCCGUCGAAGGUGGCUCAAGAAACCUUAACCGCUUACAAGGCGGGGAGAUGACCCAUCGGAGCCUGCACACCGGACCGCAGGCGAUAAUGGAGACGCUAUGCAAGUUGCCGGGCACACGCCAUGAUAUGGCGUCCACGAGCGAGAAGUUCUGCAUCGAUGCGUUCCCGGUCAAGCACGGCACGAGUAUGGCCCUCAUGCUCGUCGUGCAUGGCGAGUUUACCGAAGUCGGACCAGAGGGCAUUCGUUCUUUUGAUCGGACGUUCUUACUGGCGCCAGCCGCUGAUGGCUCGCGUGCGAAAGCCGCCGGCUGGGAUGUCGCGAUCCUGAACGAUCAGCUUAUGGUGCGCGCCUACUCGAGCCCCGAGGUGUGGGCCAUGGGGCCGCUGCAAGUGCAGGCGCAGGGGCCGGUACAGAAGCCGAAGCCUAUACCUACACCUGUUCUCCCGCCCGCGCAGCAGGCGGCGCUCGAUGCCGUGCCGGAACUGCAGCGACCCAUGGUGCUCGAGCUCUGCCGCCGUUCUGGGUUGACUGUCAGCUACUCCGUCGAGUGUCUGGUGGGCAAUUCGUGGGAUCUGGAUAGAGCGUGGGCGAACUUCGAAGCGGUUAAGACAACCCUCCCGCCCGACGCGUUCACGGCAGUCAUCUAGCCUUAAUCGGACUACGCUGAAUAGACAUGGUGUAUCUACAGACUGUUCCUCAUGCUAUCGCCAUCGCGCCUCUGAUCCUGUAUUUUAUUCGUUGGUAUUGGGUUACGUGCAGGAUCGCUGUCCGCGGCGCCUGCCUGGCUUCCCCACGAGUUCACGUCCACGCAUAGCUGUUUUGAUUGAAAUAUACAUACUGCAACACGAAUCUGUACAUUACCUCACGCACACAACUACUAUUUGCUGCCCGCGCUCGACUCGCAAUUGAUAGUGGGAAAAACAAUGGGCUGGGGGUCUUUAUGGC